UAUUAAUUUAACUACAGACUCAACAUGGAAAAGGUUAAUGACCCAAAGAGCAAAGACUGUAGUCAUAAUUUGUUCGAAGAUGACGAAUGAAAUCUCUCAGAGAAUAUGCUUGAUGAAGGCUCAACCAAACCUAACUUAGUGUUUGAUUUCAAAAAGAACAACUCUCUCCUUGCAAUCAAUAAAGGAGGCAUACUUGAAUCAAAUAGGAUCCGUCUAAAACAAAGCAAAUGUUUAUCAGUAAAACACCUAGAUCCAGAAAAAUUCUGAAGGACGAAUAAAAAGAAAGCUUAUUACAGUUCGAUGAAACAACCGAGCAAGAGUCCUAAAUUUGCAACAAAUGCAAAUAGAAAAAGGAGGUUUUAUCUUUCAUCAGCUAGGCAGACGAUUUCUACAAAAUUCAUGGGUACUAUAAAGUCUUCAAGAAAGAGGAGUGUUUGCAAAUCUUUUAUGCAAUCUCACCAGCCUAUGACUUCGACCAAGUUCCUUGAAGUGCCAACCAAGAGGAUAAGAAAAAGGACGAAAUCAAGGAAAAUUAGCAAGAAAAGUGCCAAAUCAAUCGCUGUUCGUGCGAAAAAGAAACAGAAAUCAUCUACCAUUGUUAAGAAAUUUGAAGGAACUCUCAAAAUCGCACAAAGGAGAUGCUCCGAAGAGUCUCCAAAAAUACUUAUGACAUUUGGAGAGAACUUUGAAGGAAAAGUAGAGCCUCACACGAAAUAAAUAGCUUCUGCUCAACACAUGAGCAAAACAUAAUUAAUUUGAUACUAAAAUAUCU